AGUGGGAUUCCUCUGCUAUAUAACAUAUCUCCCAGUGAGUGUAUGUGUGAGAGAGAGAGUGGGACAUCACCACAUUAGAACACUGUGGAUUACAGUUAUAGUUCUCACUGUCUGGACUUUACCUGUGGCUGUGAGAGGAGCUCUGGAAAGACUGAGCAGACACUGGACAUUUAUUAGUCAUGGAGGUGGUCUGUAGAUGGAGGGGGUGGACAGAGCUGUGGGUUCUGAUACAUCUGACUGGGUGUGUGGCAGGGCUGUCUGGUCGGUGCAGUCUGUUUGGCCGUCAUCAUGUCCACACGUUUGAUGGAGUUGUCUAUGAGUUCCCUGGAGACUGUAGCUACCUGCUGGCUGGAGACUGUCAGCACAGAGCCUUCACACUGCUGGGUGAUUUUGUCCGGGGGCAGAGGAGUGGUGUGACUCUGUUUGUUGGCGAGGUGUUUGAGCUGCACCUCUCUGUGGAUGGUCGCCUGUCUCAGAGAGAGAAGAGGUUGUCCCUGCCCUAUGCGUCUCAUGGUGUGUUUGCUGGGUCUGAGCUGGGCUUUUACAAGCUAUGGAGUGAAGAGUUUGGCUUCACCGUAACCAUCGACAACCAAGCUAACGUUGCCCUGAUGAUGACCAAACACCAUGGUAACCGCACCUGUGGGCUGUGUGGCAACUUUAACACUGUACCUGACGAUGACUACACUGCACAGGAAGGUUUCCUGACAGACGACAGUUAUGACUUUGCCAACUCGUGGGCCCUGAAAGGUGCAGGUCAAACCUGUCGGCGCGUCACUCCUCCCAGUCAAUCCUGUAAUAUCACCACAGAGACACCCACAAUGCUAUCCAGGUGCAGUGUGCUGCGUACCUCUCCUGUCUUCCUGCGCUGUGCCAGCCUGGUCUCUCCAGAAGCCUUCCUGUCUCUGUGUGAGGAAGAGGCGUGUCACUGUGGCCAGGGGGAGGGGCUAGGGGUGGGGCUAGACUGCCACUGCCACGUCCUAUUGGAGUUCGCCAGGACCUGCCAUGCCCAUGGCCAGGUGUUGCACGGCUGGUUGGAGGAGAGUCAAUGCACCCCCAGGUGUCCAAUAGGGAUGCAUUACAGUGAGUGUUCUAGGUCUUGCUCCACCACCUGUCAGAGUCUCAACAUCCAGGAGGUCUGUAAGGAGGAAUGUGUGGACGGCUGCAGCUGCCCAGUGGGGAAGGUGCUGGAUGGUGGUCUCUGUGUGGAGGUGUCUCACUGCUCCUGUCUUCACAUGGGUCAACACUUCCCUCCUGGCUCCAGCAUCUCACAAGACUGCAACACCUGCAUCUGUCGACACGGCUCCUGGGAGUGUACCAACCAAGGCUGUCCUGGGGAGUGCUUAGUGACAGGCCAGUCUCACUUCAAGACGUUUGACAACAAGUUCUUUACCUUCUCUGGCCACUGUCAGUACCUGCUGGCUAGAGACUGCACUGACAACCACUUCUCUGUCAUCAUAGAAACUGUUCAGUGUGCAGAUGAGCAGGACGCGGUCUGCACGCGCUCAGUAACCCUCAGUCUGCCACCACUGGAGGGGAUGACAGUGAAGCUGAAGCAUGGAGGAGUGGUUUCUGUCAACAACAUGGACAUACAGACACCUCUCAAUCAUGGUAAUUUGCGUGUCCAGAAGACAGCGCAGUCUGGAGCGCGUGUUCUCUUUGGAGACAACAUUCGUCUGGACUGGGAUGGGCGGGGCCGUGUGCUGCUGAAGUUGGGGCCUGAAUGGGCUGGGCAUACCUGCGGUCUCUGUGGCAACUACAACGGUAACCAAGGUGAUGACUUCAUGUCUGCUGCCGGGCUAGUGGAGUCGGGGCCACAGGCAUUUGGCCAAUCAUGGAGGAUCAACGGAGACUGUGACUCCACCCAUCGACAGGAUACUGAUCCCUGCUCCCUCAACCCCAAGAGAGUGCGUUUUGCAGAGGAGGCAUGUGGGAUGAUGAUGUCAGAGGUGUUUGGAGCAUGUCACUUCCUGGUGAAUCCCCUCCCCUUCCUGCGGUUCUGUCGUUACGACGUAUGCGUGUGUUCUGACGGGGAGAAAUGUCUGUGUUCCGCUCUGGCCUCCUACGCCGCUGCUUGCUCUUCUAGGGGAGUUCUACUGACCUGGAGGACGCCUGAACGCUGUGCCAUGCAUUGUCCAGUGGGCCAGUUGUACAAGACAUGUGGCAGUGUUUGUGAGCGAUCAUGUCGUUCUCUGUCGGGGGUGGAGCCUGGAUGCGGGGGGGAGGAAGGAUGUGAGGAGGGAUGCUUCUGCCCCCCCGGCCAUUACCUUAGUGAAACGGGGGCGUGUGUGACACCUGACCUCUGCUCCUGCCUGCAUGACGGACAGCUGUACCAACCCAACGACGUCUACGCUGACCACAACAGCAUCUGUUACUGUGAGAACGGAUCUAUGAGCUGCAGCUCUGCUGAGAUGAGUGGAGUUAUGCUGUCUGACAUGUUCUUCCAGGACGAACAGCCACCCUCCAGAGAGCGCCGUGCGGCUACCUGUGUCCCCCCUCUGAGGCGUGUUGGGUGUGAGGGAGGGGAGGAGGGUCUGGAGUGUUCUAGAACCUGCCAGAAUCUGGACCUACCCUGUCUCAGUCUGGCCUGUAUCCCCGGGUGUCUCUGUCCCAGCGGCACGGUUCGACAUAGGAGAGAGUGCAUCACUCCAGAGCAGUGUCCGUGUUACCAUAACAACAGAGCCUAUGCACCUGGACAGAGCAUCAAUAUGGACUGCAACACCUGUGUGUGUGAGAACAGACGUUGGACCUGUACAGCGCACGUGUGUGAUGGUGUCUGUCGUACAGUGGGAGAGGGACAUUACAUCACCUUCGACGGUCUCCAGUUCUCCUUCCCUGGGCUUUGUCAGUACGUCCUGGUGCAGGACCAGUGUGGAGGAGACGAGGGGUCAUUCAGGGUGCUUGUGGAGAAUGAGGCCUGUGGAGUCGUAGGUCAUCGCUGUGCUAAAGCUGUUACAGUCUACUACCAGGGAGGACUCAUAACUAUGGAGAACGGACAGGUGAGGAUGAAGAAGCCAGUGAUGAAGGGUGUUGAGGUGGAGAUCAUUCGCUCUGGUCAGUUCUUCAUCCUGUUGCUGGGGAAACACAUCUCUAUCAGCUGGGACCUGGGGACCCGCCUGCUGGUACACAUCUCCUCACAGUACAGGGAGCGUGUGUGUGGUCUGUGUGGCAACUAUGACGGAAACGUGAACAACGACCUUCUAAGCAGCAACAACCAGCUAGAGGUCGACUCCACCCACUUUGGAAACUCCUGGAAGGUUAAACCCAGCUGUGCCGAUGCAACAAAGCUACCCCCUCCCUGCAGUGAUAACAUAGUGAGAUUGGUGACUGUGGAACAGUCCUGUCGUGUUCUAACCAGUGCCCUCUUCAGAGCCUGCAACAGUCUGGUGGACCCAGAGCCCUAUGUAGAGAUGUGUGUGGAGGCAGCGUGCUCCUGUCCGUCCGUCGGAGACUGUGCGUGUUUCUGUGAUAUCAUCGCUGCAUACUCCCAGGCCUGCUCCGAGAUGGGCGUGGCUGUCAGCUGGAGGUCUAAUGAGCUGUGCCCUCUGAGCUGCGAGGAGCUGAACACUGCAGCGGAGGGUUUGGGGGAGCAAUGCCAGUGGAGGUAUAAUACAUGUGGCUCUGCUUGUCCAAUCACCUGUCAGCACUCACAGCCCCUCCCCUGUCCAUUCACCUGUAUCGAGGGCUGCCACGCUACCUGCCCCCCAGGUCAGAUAUUGGAUGAGGUUUCCAUGCAGUGUGUUGAACCCGCCCAAUGCCACAUAUGUUACCAUGACGGAGAGAGGAUCUCCCAUGGUAACAAGGUCAUCCUGAACCAUGACGACCCCCAGCAUUGUCAGAUAUGCCACUGUGAGAACAACACUCUGAGCUGUGAGGUUUGUGCUCUUCUGGACACCGUAGCUUCGUACACUACCCCUGCUGGUCUGACCACACCCACCGCCCAGCCUGUCUCCACAGUGAUGCCGGAGGGGUCAUGUGACCGGGCCAUGGACCUGGCCUUCCUAUUAGAUGGCUCGGCAGCGCUCAGCGAGGAGGACUUCCUGUCCGUCAAACAGUUCAUUCUAUCAGUGGUGGACAGGUUCAGGAUGGGCUCCGCCCACACCAGGGCUACGGUACUGCUGUAUCACUCUGGAGUCAAGACCUACGACAUGCAGGUACACACGCACACACACACGCACACACAGACACACAGACACACACACACACACACACACAAGCGUUUGGCUCUCGGAGCGUUGACAGCGCACACUGGACGCUCUGACUGA